UUAUGGAUAUUAUGCCUCAUAAAUAUCGUAAUGUUUUCUGUCUCGACUGUUAUCACGCUGGCGUACCAUUCCCGGUCCGCCACUGGGCACCUCACAGCUAAUCAAGUCUUCAAAACCGUCAAUGCCUACUCUCCGAUCUUAGAACGGCUCGAGCUGCCUCUACAUAACUAUACUGUGGAUGGCUAUCUGUUUGACGUGACUCAUUCCCUUCUGCGAGCUGAACCCUCUGCUGAAUCUAAUGCAGAAUGGGACCGGAUAGCACAUCUGGGGCCCAUGAUCAUGACUAGAGAUGAGCUCAUCAAAAUGGGCAAGGACCCCGAAAAAGUCGUCAAGCUUCCUUCAUCAUGGGGUUACGGCCACGAUGCUUAUAUUUGGCAAACUGAAAUGCAGCACAAUAUCCAUUGCUUGAACUUCGUGCGCAAGUAUGCCUACUUUGACUAUUUCUAUCGUCCGCAGUACAGCCGCUUUGAAGACACGCCAAAGUUAGACCGUAUCCAUCUAUCUCAUUGCCUCUAUGUGCUUGUACAAGACCUCCGCUGCCAGCCUUCAUUCAAUGCACUUACGUUCAAUUGGAUGGAUGGUUGGAAUACUCCAGCUACGGACUUUACGCCGCAACGACAAUGUAUUGAUCAUGAACAAUGGCUUCGCUGGCAGCUUGAGAACAAGGUUGUUACAGAAGGACAAAUUCUUCCACGGCCAACCGAUCCAAAUCAGUUCAUGCAUGGUCCCCUCGGAAUGGAACAACUGUGGGAAGAAAGUUAA